AUGCUUCUUCUGGAGGUUCUGCGGGUGCCUCGCUACGACUAUCUCCCCGGCUGGAGCCUCUCUCCCCGCAGCAGCUCCGCAAGUGGGUUGCUCGGCGCACACGCCUUCGGAGUGGAGUUGCCAGAGCUGGAGGCACUGGAGCUGGAGGUACUAGAGCUGCUGGUCCUGGAGGUGCUCGUACUACGUGUACUGGAGCUGCCAGAGCUGGUGGAGCUGGAGGAGCUAGAGCUAAAGACCCUGGCGCUGGUGGCGCUGGAGCUGGAGGUACUGCAGGCGCUGGAGCUGGAGGCACUGGAGCUGGAGCUGCUGGAGGUACUGGAGCCGCUGGUCGCGGAGGUGCUCGUACUGGAGGUAUUGGAGCUGUUGGAGCUGGUGGUACUGCAGGAUUUGGAGCUGGAGACCAUGGAGUUGGAGACACCGGAGCUGGAGGCGCUGGCUAUGGUGGUGCUAGUGCUGUUGUCGCAGCCGCCGUUACAGCCAGCCUCCCCACAGCCUGCUCCUUCUCCUUACACUGAGCAGACCAGAAGUCUUUCAAAGCGUCGUGAGCCUGUGUCUUGUCCUUUCUCGUCUGUUUGCGCCGUUCGCACUGGUCGUCGUGUUCCUCUUCAGCGUCCUCCUCUUGUCCCCUGCUCGCACCAUAUGGGAGUUCGUCCUUCCUCUGUUCCACAGUGUGUCCCCUUGCUGUCUCCUCUUGCAUCCUCUCUUGCUGACGGUCCGGACCCUGAGUCUGACUUAGUUCGUGCUGCCAGUCCUACUGUCCCUCGUCUUGUAGCCACUGUUGUCACUAACCCUUCGUUUGAGUCUGCUGCUGCGUAUGCCCUAGUUCCUGAGCUUGUUGACUUUGCUGCCGCCUAUCGUCUCGACUAUGCCGCUAGUCUUGUUGCUGAGUCUGAGUCUGACUUUCCUCCGUCCGUCGAGGGUGAGUAUGCUCUUGGCACGGACGUCCUUGAGGACAGGCAGGAGGAAUUUGAGUGUUUUGCAGCUGCUGUACCUUAUCUCAUGUCCAUGCUGAUUGCCCAUGAGGGAGACCCGGAUGAACCUGACAUCUCGAACCCGCGCUCUUACGCAGAGGCGAUUUCGGGUCCCUACUCCUCUUAG